AUGGCAACCAAGCUUCUGGCCACUUGGGCCUUGGCUCUUCAGUAUACGAACCUCACUCAGCCCGUGACCGACAUGGCAGUCAAGAGUAUCUACAACUGGGCCGGUUGUGCUAUUGGAGGAUACGCUCUUCCUCCAGCGGGUGUUGCAUAUGAUGCUUUAAGUCCAAUGCUCCCAAGCAACGCAGGGAAUUCUUCUAUUCUGGGAUCUAAUGCCUUUGUCGAUAUUCAAACGGCAGCUCUAGUCAACGGUAUUGCUUCGCAUGUCGAUGACUAUGAUGACACGCAUGCCGAUACCCCCGUGCACCCAUCUGGACCUGUACUAUCUGCCCUGCUGGCUGUUGCCGAGUGGAAGGCUCCAAUCUCUGGUGAAGACUUCCUUACAGCCUUUGUCGCUGGAGUGGAGGCAGAGUGCAAGCUUGGAAUCUCUGUCUAUCCUGAGCAUUAUGACAUUGGAUGGCACAUCACCAGCACGACCGGCUCCGUGGGUGCGGCUGUUGCGGUUGGCAAACUCCUAGGUCUCGACCUUGAGAAGCUUCAGCACGCAAUCAGUAUCGCCGCGGCGCAAGUUAUUGGAAUGCAUGAGUCCUUUGGUACUGAUACAAAGCCUUUCCAUGUCGGUCGCGCUGCCCAGUCCGGUCUUCUAGCAGCAGUGCUGGCCCAGAAUGGAUUCGGUGGCUCGCUGGAAGGGCUAGAGGCAGAGCGUGGCUGGGCUAAUGUUGUGAGCACUCGCAACAAUGUGACGAAUGAGUUCACCACGUUGGGUGAUGUUUGGGAAAUGACGAAGAACACAUUCAAGCCAUUCCCCUGUGACCGAAUUAUCCACGCCGCCAUUGAUGGUUGGAUUCAGAUCCAUCACCAAGCUGUAGAGAAGAAGCUUGAUCUCACCGGCAUCGUGAAUGCAACUGCUCGCACCAACCCCAAGGUGCUGUUCUUGACAGACAACCCUGAGCCAAAGACUGGGCUUGAUGGAAAGUUCAGUGUUUAUCAUGCUGCUGCUGUCUCCUUGCUCUUUGGUGAAGCCACCCCAGUCCAAUUUAUGGACGAAGCUGUCAAAAACUCCACUGUUGUGGAUCUUCGUGAGAAGGUAUUUGUCACUUCGGACGAUGCUGUAAGUGAGCAUGAGGCUUUUGUCACUGCUGAGUUCAAAGACGGUACCAAAUUGAAGGUCCACGUCAAGGAGGCGUUGGGAAGCAUCAAAAAGCCGUUGUCGGCUAAGCAGCUCGAGGAAAAGUUCCUCGAGCAUGUAAGUAACCAUAUUGGGAUGGAACGGGCUCAGAAAGCUUUCACUGGGUUCUCUGAGAUUGCCAACUCUAGUGAUGUUGCGCAGAUUUUGCUUAAGUUGAAGAAAUAA